UGUAGUAACGGGUCAGUCAGGCCCCGACCACCGUCUCGGGCACAUUGUCAGCGAGCCUGGUCACUGGCUACCACGUCAAGCAUUAACUGCAGAGUUAAACCUGCGGCGAACACUUGAUAAAACAUGGCAAAGCUGUGGACGGUGUUAGUGAUGACUGUGGUAGUGACAUACAGUGAGGGACGCACUGUUGACGGUGGCAGAAAUGAUGCAGAAAUGAUCAAAGGUCAGCCUCCUCUAAUCGGGGGUCUUGUGAGCCUUCCUCAAGUUAAAGCCCAACAGGACGACGAUUACUCUAAUAGGCUGAAUGCCAUUCAAGGUGGUCUGAUGGACAAAGUCAGCAAAGACAGCAUUGAAGCCGAGGCGAAUGCGAUACCCUCCACCACCCCGCGCAACCCUACUGGGAUGGAAUUUAAUGAAAUCGCGACACUUGAUCACGUUGACACCGUCAAUACAGAACGAGAAGAAGAGGCGGACGAUGACUUUGAUGAAGACAUAUUCGAAAGUGAAAGAGACUUGAUUGUAAUCAUGAGGCGGAUGUAUGAAGCCUUGACGAGGAGACUGAACCUGUUGAAGUCCCGCGUCACCAGUGUGGAGCAGACUGCAGGGGACGUGUUCGCCAGACUUACGGUGCUCGACUGUGCGGAUCUGCAAGCAAAAGGGCAAACGGAAUCAGUAGUCUACACAUUUCACAUGGACCACAACGGGAAGCGACCAGUCACUGUCUUCUGCGACAUGGAGACAGACGGCGGUGGGUGGACGGUCAUCCAGAGACGUCUUCAUCACUCGCGGUCUACAGACUUCAACCGCGGAUGGUACGACUACAAGAUGGGAUUUGGGAACGCUUCAAAUGAUUACUGGAUUGGCCUCGAGAACAUAUACAUCUGGACGAACACUCGGCACUACGAGAUGCGCAUAGAUCUCACCGACUUCGAAGGGGAGUCCGCUUUCGCCCAUUACGACAGCUUCUACAUCGAGAGCGAGGCUCAGGGCUACAGGAUGCACGUAUCUGGCUACAGCGGCACCGCAGGAGACGCUCUGGGCAACGAGGGUAAACCAGACAAUUUCACCGCCGACGGGAUGAUGUUCACCACUCACGACGAAGACCACGACACUUCCCACGAGAUUAACUGUGCCAGGUACUGGAAGAUUGGAGGGUGGUGGUUCAAUAGGUGCUCGUGGGCCAACUUAAACGGGCCGUACAAGGAGUCAGGCGACGGCAUUGGCAUCAACUGGCACAUGUGGCGCAACAAGGAGUACCUCCGCUCCUCGUCCAUCAUGAUCAGGCCCACCAAGAGCUUGUGAACAGGUGUUCCUUCAGAUCAAACGAACUAUAAAACAAAAAAUUGCGUGAAUAAUUCAAAUUUUAUAUUUCAUUCAGUGCAUUUUAAGAACAGAGAAUUGUCAGUAAAUCAGAACAAUCUACAGUUGUAGACAUUCAUAUAAAAUAUUGGAAAACUAAGCAAACGGGAAAAUGUUGUUAAAUUAUAUAAAUAUCUAAAUGUAUCAAAAUGUAUUAAUUGCAUGAGUGCGGGCGGGAGCCCUGGAGGUGACCUGGGGUAGAGAGCUCGUCCCAGCACCAAGACUUGCACAUGAUCUGCUCCAUGAUGGCGCGUGAAGGGAGGACUGAUGUAGUUAUGUUAUCAUGCGCAUUUCAAGACGUUACACAAUUUAUUAGGAUUUCAUGGUUAACUAGAUAACGAAAACUAUUUGCUUUAUUUGGAAAGUUUAAAGUGUUCUCCGAUAUUAAGCUAAACUACCACAAUUUACUUUGAAAAUUAUAAUGCAGUUUGUCGUAAAUUAUUAACAAAACUUGUAUAUUCCCCCUGUGUACAUUUAUUGAUUCUGUAAAUACCAUUUUCAUGUCUCCGAGAAGUUUCGUGUGUGUAUAAGAUAUAUGAUUUUGAGUAAAAAUUUAAAUAACUUA